GAAAAUCCGAUCCAAUCCAAUCCUCUCCCCGAGUCGCAUUGCCCUGCUCCUGCGACGUGUAUUCGGAUCAUUUUUGCCCCCUUGGGCUGCUGUAUUCGUUCAUGUUAUUGCUUCGCCGUUUUCGCCUCUUGCUGUAGUCGCAGCCUCUCUGCUUUGGCUUUCUUUCUUGUCUGUGGGUGCUUGAUUUGUCCACGGUUGUAUCAUGGCUGGCUUUGUUUCGCUUCACGGUCAAGUGUGUCGCGCGGUGAGGCUCUGCAAAGAAUGGUCGCGCUCUGUUCGUAUUGGAUCUGUCUGCAUCUGCAUCUGCAUUUUGCCAGUGCUAGCCAGUGUCCGUGUCAGUGACAAACGGUGACAAGCGUCGCGCGUUGAGGUCGGACAGCCAAAGACAGAACACCGGCCAUGGACGCCCAUGCUGCCAUGAUGCCUUCUAUUUGGCAGCUGUAGUGUCCUUCAAGGCACUGAUUGGUCUCGUCCUGACGUUUGCUUCUCUGCUGUUUCACUCCCGUGAGCCCUUUUGCUGCGCGUUGUUGCAGCCUCAUUCCCAUUAUCCACCAAUUUCUGUCACGCACUCUACCACGCCUUUGUGUCUCUCAUCUAUUCUCUAUUCUCAUUUCAUACCUACACUGCGCGCCAGCGCGUCUUAAAUUCACUUCAUUCAUUCGAGGUUUUGUGUUACCGUGUGACAUUUAUUGCCUACCUUGCUUUCCACAUCCUCAAACACCUACGCACUAAACUCCAACAACUCAUCAUCAUGGCUCCGAGCCGUUCACGACAACCCGUCAGAGUGACACUUAGAACCAAGGCUAACUUGUUGGAGCGAAAAAUCAAAGUUGUCACCGAGCAACAUGUCAUUGACAAGCCGUCACCCGUAGAGGCGUUCCCCAUGCGAGAAUGGAGCUUGAAGGUCUUCUUGCUUGAUGAGGAUGGUAACGAGCGCCCCGCAGACGUCUUCACCAAGGUCGUCUAUAAUCUACACCCUACUUUUGAUAAUCCCGUUCAGAGCUUCCAGAAAGCACCCUUCACGUGUAAGAACGAGGGCUGGGGCGAGUUCGAGAUUAGCAUCGACUGUUACACCACGGAGAAGACCAAGCUAGCACCCAUCAUUCACGACCUCAACUUCCAGCAGGAACGAUAUGAGCAGACGCACACUGUGGUCUUCAAAAACCCUUCACAAAACUUACAGGAGCGCUUACGUGAAACCGGCCCUCUUCCCACCGAUGACGAUCACAGGAAGAAGAAGGGACUUGCGACCAAGAAGAGCUCCCAGAAGUACGACUACGAGAAGAUUGCAGAGUCCCUGGAGAAGCUCGAGGAAGAGGAUCUGCUGCGCGUGAUUCAGAUUAUCAACGAAAACAAGGGGCCAGACACGUACAUUAGAAGUGAUGUCGACGGUGAGUUCUCCCAUCAAGUCUGUAUCAUCAUUCCUACCCUUACCCCUUCCUUGACCUUUUGAUUGCAUACCCACCCUUGUCUUUUCCAUGAAAUUGAUGUGUAUGGUGGGCUAAUAGUGGAUGACUUGGGUAAAGCCGGGGAGUUCUCGAUUGAUCUCUACACUAUGCCGGAUGGCUUGACGUCGAAGCUUUGGGAACACCUUUCCAAGAAGGGCCUUGUCGGCUAGAUGCCGUGUCGUUGUAUCCGAUUGUUAAUACCUCUAAUGUUAUUCCGUCGACAAAUCGGUCUAUAGUUUGUGCUUGGGAGUUGCUGAAGCAUCUGGAUUUAGGAAAAUGACGAGUUAAUGAGCACGGAGGGGACGGACCAGAAAGGGAAAGGGAACCAAAAAGAUGUAUCUGACCUUUUUUUUUUUCUUUAACCAUGUGUUCCAACGGAGUAACCGCCUGCAGUAUCACCUCAUUGAAGUUUUGUAUCAUAUGCUAUCUUGUUUGUCUUGAUCACCUCCCACAUAUAAUGACAUGACAGGAUGCUGUAACAAGCCCGUUGAUGGAUUGAAGUCGGAUUUCGGGCCCGGGCGAUGAACCUCGAAGGAGGACUAGCC